CUCGUUUAACAACAAAGGUCGCAAACACGGUCUGGAAGCACACAUCGUGAUCACAAAUUCUCUGAAAUCAUUCAAGACAAUUUUUGAAUUGUAUUCCCAAACACAAUAGCUUGGGAAUUAUUAGGUAUCAUAAUAUUUGCUUCGCUAAAUAAUAUAGCAUAAUGAAUGCUCCACCAACAUUUGAAUCAUUCCUGCUGUUUGAAGGAGAAAAAAAGAUCAUCAAGGAGCAAGACACUAAGGUUCCAAAUGCUGCUAUAUUUACUAUCAAUAAAGAAGAUCAUACACUUGGGAACUUAAUUAGGAACCAGCUUUUGAAAGAUCCAAAUGUGCUGUUCGCUGGAUAUAAAGUGCCACAUCCACUCGAGCACAAAUUCAUAAUCAGAAUCCAGACCACUUCCGACUACACUCCCCAAGAUGCACUGAUGCACGCUAUCACUGAUUUAUUGGCUGAACUUUCACUCUUUGAGGAACGAUUCAAGGAUGCGAUUAAGGAGAGGAAAGAGGGAAUUGACUAAAACAACAAUUUGCGCUUGAAGUAUAACUUUUAAUUUAAGUAAUAAACUUUUCUGUGUAAUGUGACAAAGCUCAAUAGUAUUGAUGGUACAAUAAAUCACACAAUUGGGAAAACUA